AAUGUAAUCCCUCAUUUGUUUGCAAAAUUGACAAACGUGUUGCUUAUCUAUAGUUUAAUUUUGUUCAUCAAUUAUCGUUGAUACGUUCAUUUACAAAAUGCUGGUAGUUAAAUAUUGCAAUUAAGAGUUCUAUUUCAAUAUUUAUAUGUACGAAUGUCCAAGGAGAAGCCAAAACGAAUCUCAAGAAUGGUGAGCAAAUCAUUUUUAUGGGGAGUGAUUGCCGCUUCGCUGACUUGGUCCAUCAGUUUGUAUCUCUAUUGGUGCCUAACCAAUACUUCCAAUGCAAUAGGUUCUGAACCAACUCUAGCCGCGAUGAUCUCCGGGAAUCAUAACUCUGCAGACCAGCAACCGGUAGCUAUGUUUGAGGGUAAAAGCCAUCCAAAUAAGGCGGUUUUGGCUGCUCAUGAACACCAACCCAAUCUGCUAGAGCCACAAAGGCUAGAUAAGAAGCUGUACAACGAGAAAAGUUACUCCUUCUUCCACGAAAAGCUUGACCGAUACAAUAAAGAAAAACAGUAUAGGAAGAUAAGUCACAAAUUGAUGGAUGAAUUGAAGCCUAUUGUACCUAAUGGCACGGAUGAGUUCGGUAUGGUGAGAAAUUCGGAGGAACAGUUCAUUCGAGACGUAGGGUACAGGAAGCAUGCCUUCAACGUGUUGGUUAGUAAUAAAAUUGGUUCCUUCCGAUACAUUCCGGAUACGAGGCAUAAAUUAUGUCUCGAUCAAAGCUAUGACAAAGUGCUUCCAUCCGCAUCAAUAGUAAUGUGUUUUUAUAACGAGCAUCAACAAACGUUAAUUCGAUCGGUGAAUUCGGUAAUCCAUCGAACGCCGUCCUAUUUACUCCAUGAAAUUGUCCUCGUGGACGAUUGCAGCGAUUAUGACGAUUUGAAGGAAAAUCUAGAAUCUGAGUUGAAAAAACUAAACAGCACUAAGAUAAAAAUCAUUCGAAACGCCGAACGUGAAGGUUUGAUGCGGUCACGAGUUAUUGGAGCUCGCAAUUCUACGGGAGAGGUGCUCAUUUUCCUCGAUAGCCAUAUCGAAGUGAAUGUGGACUGGAUAGAGCCUCUGCUGCAAAGGAUCAAAGUUAAUAGCACCAUUCUGGCAAUGCCAGUUAUCGAUAUCAUCAAUUCGGAUACGUUUGCGUAUACUUCGAGUCCACUCGUGAGAGGAGGAUUCAAUUGGGGGUUGCAUUUCAAGUGGGACAACUUACCGAGAGGAACAUUGUCGAAAGACAACGAUUUCGUUGGACCAUUUCGGUCACCAACGAUGGCUGGAGGGUUAUUUGCAAUAGAUAGACAAUAUUUCAAAGAUUUAGGCGAGUACGAUAUGGGAAUGGACGUUUGGGGUGGAGAAAACUUGGAAAUAUCGUUUCGUGCAUGGCAAUGUGGCGGUUCCAUUGAAUUGCUACCCUGUUCGCGAAUCGGACAUGUGUUUCGAAAAAGACGCCCCUACGGAUCACCAAAUGGAGCAGACACUAUGAUAAGGAACUCCCUCCGCUUAGCGCAUGUCUGGAUGGACGAUUACAUAAAAUAUUACCUUGAAAACCAACCGCAAGCGAAAAACAUCGAUCCCGGUGAUGUUUCCGAAAGACAGGAAUUGAGAAAUCGUCUAAAGUGCAAAUCAUUCGAAUGGUAUCUGAAAAAUAUAUAUCCACAGCUAAGACUUCCCGGAGAAAAAACCAUCGACAGCAAUGUUUCGCAACCCAAGUUUCAGCCAUGGCAUUCGCGAAAACGGAACUACAUCAGUAGCUUCCAGGUCAGGUUGAGUAAUUCUAGCCUUUGUGUAACCACUCAAGGUGCCAAGGAGAAAAGUCUGUGGAAGAAAGGAUCAAAGCUUGUGCUACAACCAUGUUUGCGAGUCAAAACUCAGAUGUGGUACGAAACCGAGAAAUCGGAACUGGUUCUCGGUCAAUUGUUAUGCUUGGAAGCGCCCUCUAGCGCUACCAAAGGCACACCAAUAUUGAACAAGUGCCAUGAAAUGGGAGCUGAUCAAGCGUGGAAGCACAGGAAGACGAAGGGAACUCCCAUUUACAAUAUUGCUUCCGGUAGCUGUUUGGCGGUGAAGGAAAUACGCAAAGGGGCCCUCGUGGGUUUGGAUCUGUGUGUUAAUAAUUUACAAAGCACUUGGGAUUUGGUGAUUUCGUGAAGAAGUAAAUUGUUAACCUUCUGUAAUUCAUCUCGAAUACUUACAGAAUCAUUAG